UCAGACAUCCUCUAGUCCGUCUCAUUUACGCGCAAAGUUCGUAUAAAUCGUGACAUCAUAAAUAAUAAAAAAAUAUAUAUAAUUCACAUUCAAGCACAAACAAUCUCGUCAAAUUGUGAUGUGGGACACGUUAGAAUACAUCUAAGAUCCGUGCAACAGUAAAUAUGGAGUAUUCGAGACGAUUGGUUGGUCUAGCUGUUGCGUUAUUGUUUCAGUUGUUGUUUGAUACUGAGAUAAAUACCGGUGUGCUCGCUAAUGACGUGACACAGACUGCCAAUUCUGGUGUCUAUACCAAUGUUGGAUGGGUCUUCGGUAAUGAUGAGUUAUCACGAAGGCGGAGGGCUGUUAUUGUCAAUGGCCCAGACAAUGGGGGACAUUAUUUUAUUGAGGAUAAAAAGUGCCGGGACUCGUUGGAAAGACUUUGUGGGGUUAUUGAUAAUAAUAACGAUGAUUUGUUUCUCUUACAGUGUGUCCAGACAUUCAAGACAAACGAAGCCUACAUGAUAGACGACGACUGUCAGCACCAGAUAUGGAAGCACAUAAUAAAUAUAACCGAAAACGAAAACAUCGAACAGCUGACCCGCAAAGAGUGCGGAGAGGACAUUGACGAGCUCCAGUGUCCCGCCAAGAAUCAGGAGCCCGGCGCCUACCUGGCCUGUCUGAUCGAAAAACGCGAGAGCGUCAAAAAUCCACAAUGCUCGGAUUUCAUUCAGCGUUUGGAAUUCGUUGCCUUCAGUGACUUUCGGAUAAUAACACCGAUGGUCAACGACUGCCAAUCCGACAUUGACAAGUUCAAGUGCGGAAGAAUCCAGCCCCACCGCGACAUCUCCCAAGGCCAAAUGAUCUCCUGCCUUCAGGCGCAACUCGACAACCUCGAUCUAAAGUGCCACAAACGCAUCUCCAGAAUCUCGGAAAUUCAGUCUGAGAACAUCAAACUAGACCGCCAACUCUUCCUCGCCUGCAUGCAAGAUCACAUAAAAUUCUGCCCAAGCAUUCACCCAGGGAGUGGCCAAGUCUACAAAUGCCUGAUGCAGCACCAGCUAGACCGCACAAUGUCGAAGCAAUGCCAGGACCAAUUGUCGAGGCGAGAGAAGGUGAUAGCUUCGGACUACAGGGCCUCCAAGCGUCUCGUCAAAGCUUGCAAGGAAGACAUCAAAACCAACCACUGCAGAAGAUCAGUCUCCGACGAUAAGGACAUCAGACUGGCUCAGAUCCUCCUCUGCCUGGAGACCGCAGCAAAGAACGGCACCAAGAUUGAGCCAGAGUGCCAGAAGGAGAUGUUCGACCACAGGAAGAUCCUCAUGGAGGACUACCACUUGUCACCGGAGAUCGUCGACGGCUGCUCCCCAGACAUCUCUCGCUUCUGCAACGGCCUGGAGCUCGGCGGAGUGACCAUCCACUGUCUGAUGGAGCACACCAAAGCCCGCAAGCCCAAGAACAAGGUUCGUCCUGAGUGCCAACGAGCCUUGGAGACACUCAUCAAGGAGACGGACGCCGGCGAGGACUGGCGGGUCGACCCAGUCUUGCAUGAGGCGUGUCAACCAGUGGUCGAUUCUUUCUGCAGAGACGUUCAAGGAGGAAAUGCCAGAGUCAUCUACUGUCUCAUGGACAAAUUGGGCACUGACAGAAUGCGCGAGGCUUGCGAGACUGCUCUUCUGCAGAUCCAGUACUUCGUCGUGAGGGACUACAAACUGGAUCCUCAGCUCUACAAGGCCUGCAAGAGUGAUGCUGUGCAGCUGUGCAAUGCCAAGAGCGCGUGGAACGAUGACGGCAGCCUGAUGGACCCUGAGAGGGGGCCCCUUGUGCUCCCCUGUCUCUAUCGCUACGCAGAUCAUCAGAAGAACGUCACCUUGAAGCCCGCUUGUCUCCAGGAGAUCAGGAGAAUCAUGCGUCAGCGAGCCAUCAGUGUCGAUCUUCAACCGGAAAUCGAGCAAGCCUGUUUCGCAGAUCUUGCUGACAACUGCUACGACAAAGUGGCUAAAGGCGAGGAGAUCCUCUGCCUGCAGGAUAAUCUGGACGAGUUGAGUGACAAGUGCAAGCAAGCUGUCAACAAUUUGACUGAGGAUCAAGGGGAGCGAGUCGAGUUGAAUCCGAUCAUCAUGUCGGAGUGUGGAAAAGCACUGGACAAGUAUUGCGAGGACAUCUUGAAGAGUGGAAAGGAUGAGGGAGACAUGAUGGAGUGCCUCAUCAAACAUAAGAACGAUGUCGAGUACAACUGCAAAGCUGCUAUCGAACACAUUCAGAUCAUAUCGUUGAAGAACUAUCAUUUUACGUACAAAUUUAAGAAGGCUUGCAAACAGCAUGUCGAUCGUUUCUGCGACAAGGCUGCGACCAAGGCAAAAGUCAUCGAGUGUUUGAGUGAUAUUGUGAGGGAGGACAUCACCAGUGGCAGUAAGCACAGGAUUGAGAAGGACUGCAGGCAGCAGUUGAGGAGUCAGUUGUACCAGCAGAGGGAGAACAUCAAUCUGGAUCCUCUGCUGCAGAAGGCUUGUCAGCCUGAGAUCAAGCAGUACUGCUUUAACAUCGAUCCUGGCAAUUCGCAGAUCCUGGAGUGUCUGGCUUCCCACAAGUCUAAACUCUCCAACACCUGUCACAAGCAGCUGUUCAAGGUGCGCCAGCAGGAGUUCCUCGACAGCUCCAGUGACUUUUUGCUUUGGAAUACGUGUCAAUCGAUGAUUGGGCAGUUCUGUCAGAAGGAUCCUGACAAAUCCAAGGUGUUUGAUUGCUUGAAGGGGGUCAAGGAUGAGGUGUCCUUCGAUGAAAAGUGCAAGGAUCUUGUGGUCAGAAGGAUGAUUGAACAGAAUACCGAUUACAGGUUCAAUGGGGCACUUCAUGCUGCCUGUUCACAUGACAUCAUCACUCAGUGCGAUAAGGUUGUUCAUAAUGAGCCUGCUGAUAGGGAGCUGGAGGGCAAGGUGGUCAAGUGCCUCAAGAUCAAGUUCAGGGAGGGAAAGCUCAGGGCCAGGUGCCAGAAGCAGAUGACGAUUAUCCUUAAAGAAGCUGCGCAAAACUAUCAUCUCAAUCCACUGCUGGUGGCCAUGUGCAGCCAUGAGAUACAGACCAUUUGUCAUUCUGAGGAUGAUGACAGUGAUGCUGUGGAGGAGUGCCUCAAGAUGCAAUUCAAUAAGGGGAAUCCCGAGAUGAGGGAGGAGUGCAAGGUUGAAAUUGCGGACCUCAUUGAAGAGGCUAAGGCUGAUAUUCACUUUGAUCCACUGUUGCAUAGGGCGUGCUCCAAUGAUGUCGUCAAGUAUUGCAGCGAUGUCGCUCAAGGAUCUGGAAGACAUAUCAUGUGUUUGCAAAAUACGAUGAAUGAUGGGAAAAAGCCACUGGAGCCAGAUUGUUUCAAAAUGCUGUCCAAACGAAUCGAGAUGUUUAAGAAUGUCGCAAAGCUACAUUUACCCAAUACGAUAGAGGAACUCUAUACAACAGUCAACCAAUCUCCAUCGAGAAGAUACUUUUUAAUCGUAGCAUUUACUCUCAUCGGAAUAAUUUUCAUAAUGGGUUUGUUCUGUGGUAGAAUGACACGUCGAACAAUGAUGAUGAAGAACAAGUAGCUUUAUAUUCCAGUGAAAGACCAGUUCUAAAGUGAUUCAGUAAAUGAUAAGAUCCAAGCUCACUCGAAGUGAAAAUGAAUUUGUUUUAGGUAAUUAAUGCCCAUGGGAUUUUUAAAGUGUUGCGAAUUGACGUGUUAAUUACUCGGGAUUUUUUUGAGACGUUCCAGUAUUCAAAUUUGUGGUCAAUGACAGCUGUUCGUUGAUUUUUGUUUUUUUUGUAAUUCGCUCGUCUUGGAAGCUUAUUCAUUCAUUCAACGUAAGAUCAUUCCGAAUUCUCAAUUUUGUACGAGACUUUUUCAAACCAAUUUUAUACAUUGUCAACUAAUUUUGCACAAUAUCAGUGAUAAUAAUGAAACAAUCCCCCACCCAAGCAACAAAACCGAUGUUUGAGUGUGGUAAAGUAUUUAUUCGGUCCCCAGAAUGAUUAUAAAAUUGUAAAUAAAUAUAUUUAUCUUAGAAACAAAU